UAAUAUGACAAGAAUAAUAAAUGAUCAUCUGUUUGGAACGUGGUAUUGAUAACACCAAUUAAUUACGAUACGAUCCACAAAUAAAAAUUAUUCAAUUGGCGCUAAGUGUCGGGUCCGUGAUAUAUAUUUCUGAAAAUAUACUCUUAACGUAUUUUUUAUAGUUUUGUAUAGCACAAAGUUCUUAUUAUAAAAUGAGAUUAACUUUAGGUUUAUUUUCUUCUGUUGUUCAGAAAAGACCGUUUUAUAUAACUACGCCUAUAUUCUAUGUCAAUGCAGCUCCACAUCUGGGACACUUGUACACAGCCGUGGUGGCAGAUGCAAUCCAGAGAUUUGAAAAGCUUGUCAACCCAGACUAUGAUAUUAUAUUCAGCACAGGUACAGAUGAACAUGGCACCAAAGUACAACAGGCAGCUGCGAAGGUGAACCUCUCUCUAUCAGAGUACUGUGGGAACAUCUCCAAUGAAUAUCGUUCUCUUUUCAAUGAAUAUGAAGUGGGUUACACAGACUAUAUAAGGACGACUGAGGAGCGCCACAAGAAGGCGGUUGCACAUUUCUGGAAUAAGUUAGUAAAGAAGGAUUAUAUAUAUAAAGCGAAAUACUCUGGCUGGUACAGCGUGAAUGAUGAGAGCUUUGUGCCUGAAUCGCAUAUUAGAGAUGAAAUCAAAGAUGGGGAACAGAUAAAAGUAUCCGUCGAGUCAAAUCACAAAGUAGAAUGGACAGAGGAAACAAAUUAUAUGUUUAGGCUGAGUGCCUUCAAGACACACCUACAGGAAUGGCUUAAAAAUGAUGGUGUAAUAACUCCGAGUAAAUAUCAGAAACAACUGCAAGAUUUUCUAGAAAAUGAACCAUAUUUUCCAGAUAUAUCAGUCAGCAGACCUUCUUCCAGAGUGCAUUGGGCCAUACGUGUACCAGGUGAUAAGGAUCAAAGCAUAUAUGUGUGGCUGGACGCUCUGAUCAAUUACUUAACUGUAAUAGGGUACCCAGACACUGAUGACAUGAUGGCCAGGGGAAGGCCUUGGCCGGCAGAUGUACAAGUCGUGGGAAAAGAUAUUCUUAAAUUUCACGGUAUCUACUGGCCGGCGUUCCUUAUGGCCAUUAAAUGGCAUCCACCACGUAAGCUGCUGUGCCAUGCUCACUGGACCGUAGAGGGCAGCAAGAUGUCUAAGUCGUUGGGGAAUGUCGUCUGUCCAAGGUCAACGGGAGUGUCGCCUUCCGCUCUGAGGUACUUGUUGCUAAGGGAGGCGACCAUGGCUUCAGACGCUAACUACAGCGAAAAAAAGCUAAUAAACGUGGCAAACUCCGAGCUGGCUGACACCCUAGGUAAUCUGGCUAGUCGGUGUUGCGGCGCGACGCUCAACCCUCGCCAAGAGUUUCCCGCCCUACAUGCCGCUGAGCUAAUGGCCUGCAGCCAGGAAGAGGUUACCUCACAGCUACUACUACAAGUAGAGAAACUACCCGACAUAUGCUACGACUACUACAGAAAUUACCAGUUCUACAAAGCAGUAGACGCUGUUAUACACGUGCUUCAUUUAGCCAACCUGUUCUUUGAGACACAACGACCCUGGGAACUUCGUAAGCAGGUGGAAAACCAAAAGAAACUGGAUGUUGUUCUCCACAUAACAAUGGAAACCCUGAGAAUAUGUAGUAUAAUCCUACAGCCCAUAAUUCCAGACAUGAUGUGCAAGUUGCUAGACAAAUUACAAAUUCCUAAAAAUGCUAGAAAUUGGCAACAUUGCACGACGCCAUCUUGGAGGAUCGAGGGAGCUAUAUAUGAGACGAAAAAUAUACAAAGUGGUAAAUUCGUACUUUUCCAAAGAAUAUAUACAGAUAAGAAGGAUGUGCACAAGAAAAAAGCAAGUGUAUAGAAUUUAAAUCAUUUUCCAAUAGAAUUUUGUCAUGCUAACAAUUAUUUUAACCAGAUCGGAUACAGCUUUACUUCAUUGCUAAAUAGGAGUGACUUGAAUUAGUUUUUUAGAGCAAGCCAGUAAACAUUG